UUGUACUCAAUUAUCAAUCAAAACUUUCUUACGCGCCUGGCGUCGUGUUUCUGCAGUUCUUUACAUCGUUAGUACAAGGUCAAUAACUCGACCAUCUCACUGAGAGGGGGUCUGGCAGACAAGACGAGAAAAAACCCAACAAGGAGCUAGAAUGAACGGUAUGGUUUGGGUCUUUCAUCACCUGCCGUGCUUCAUGGAGUCAGACAACAAAAGUUUCCAGCCCUGGAGAGACUACAUGGGACUGUCGGACACAAUCAGAGAGAUCCUGGCACGGAACACCGCCACUGAGCCCUCACCGCCAGACCCCAAAGCUCCGCACAUGGAGAGUGAUGAUCUGUGCAAGACUCUGGACUCUGUGCGCAUUAACGCAGACAACCACAGUGACCUCGGGGCGGAAUGCGCGUCAGGUGAAACUCCGUCGCCAGACUCCUUAGGUCAUCAGCACUUAGCUGAUGGUUUGUGGCACCCCCCAGACUCCGUUCGUGCUGAAAUAGCAGGUGCAGUGGAUUUUAAACAAGUGCAAAACGCGACGGGCUCCCGGGGGCCAAAGGACCGCAAGAAGACCACUAAGACGUCUCGUUUCAAAACACCUGAGCUCUCGGUGUCGCCUCCAUCCCCAAAGCGCAUGUUCUGCAGUUUUUGCAAGCACAAUGGAGAAUCCGAGUUGGUGUACGGAUCUCACUGGCUAAAGAACCAGUCAGGAGAUGUCUUGUGUCCCUAUCUGCGACAAUACGUGUGUCCUCUCUGCGGAGCCACGGGGGCCAAAGCUCACACCAAACGCUUCUGUCCAAAGGUGGACAGCGCGUACAGCUCCGUUUACGCCAAGUCCAGACGCUGAACGCAACAGGUGGCAGGCAGCAACAAGACGAUGUACAGACGGCAGCAUCUUUUUAUGUGUGAUGUAUGAUUCUGUUUAUUAUCAUUAGUGUGUUCUUUUUAUUUGUUUUGUUUUUGUGUGUUUUGAUUUGGUUUUAGUUUGCAUGCUUUGGCACGUUUGCCGUGAAGCCUUCUAAGAUUGGAGUUGUUUCCCAGCUGGUCUCUUUUGUCGGCCUGGCCCACUUUAACAGCGUCUGUUUG